UUAUCUAUCUUGUCCGAGUUACUUUAAGGUGCAUUUUAGACAGAUGAAAUUACGAUUGAAACUUGAAACUUGAUUGAUUUUAGUUCUGUGUUUUGUGGCUGUGUGCGCUAGUGUUUACAAAAAGCUCGAAUUUUAUUGGAUAAUCUCAACCGAACGAAUAGCUCCGAAGUUGUUCUCGGCUAAUUUCGCAUUGACGCCGUGUUGCACAUAGCGCGUAGGUAUAUUAUUGUGUGGCUAGCAGGCUUGCUUUUUCUGAUUCUCAAUCUCAAGAAAGAAACUACUUGUUCAAGUAGAAAAAAUGUCAGAUUCAGAGACAGAAAUCAGCGAAGAAAUUUUACAAAAGGAAAUUGCAGAUAUUCUAGACCAUGCAAGUCUUGAAAAUACCUCAACCAAGAAGGUUAUACAGAAACUGGAGAAAAAGUUGGGGGUGGACCUUUCAAGUAAGAAGAAAAUGAUUGAUCAGAUUGUAAUGGAUAUUGUGAAUAAUAUGGAGUCUGAAGACGAGGAUAUGGAUGAGUCCAGUGAUGAAGAACCGAAGAAGAAAGCUCCUCCAAAGAAAGUGAAGAAAGAAGAAGAUGAUGAGGAUGAUGAAGAACGGGAUGACAGCAAUGACAGUGAUUGGGGGAGUGCAGUCGGACGAUUAUUUAUGAAUAGCGAGUGUUCAGAUGAUUGCUCUUGCACACAACAAGACUCACACAUCCCGUCUAAUAUCAAAAGACGUGUUAUAAGAAAGCACUUCACUGACCAACCAAGGAAGGCAGUGAUACUCAAAAGAGUUGCUCCUAACUAUUCUGAUGAUGAAGCUGAACUCUUUGGAAAGCUUACUGCUAAGAAGCUUCGCAAAUUGCCAGAACAUGAACGUGAUUUGAUGAUGUUGCGUAUAAACCAAAUGCUUCUUGUCAAACUGUAUUCCAUAAAUAUGCACCUGGAUAAAGCUACACAAACUACUCCGUUGCCAUCGCCUCAGUUUCAAACAAAGAAAUUGUAUCGUGUAAAUGCUAUCCCGAAUAUUAAUAAGCCUCCAAAUCAAACAACGGCUAGUGCUCCGAUACCACCAGCCAAUGAACCAAAACCUGAAGUUACUACGACUAAGGAAACUCCAGAAAGUUCAUGGACUGGUCGUUUUUGUUCCAUUAUGUAAAAAACGUCUUGUGAUUGUGACAAGUUCUUGAAACCUUAUCUUGAACUUACAUACACAAAAUUGCAAUUUUUUAUAGUUGUUUUCCCAUAGCAGUAUUAUUUGCUUUCAAUCAGGAAAAAAAAUAAGUACAAUGUUCCAAAGAUAAUAAAAAUUCUAUUAAGUCUACUUUUUACAAACACUAUUUCAAAUAAAAAGGGAAAACAACUAUUGUUUUUUCUCAGGUCUCUCAAAAGGUGACUCAUUAUCCAAAUACUCAACUUCUAUGUAAUUCCUAAACCAAUAAGUCUGACUUAGAAAGUUUAAAAUUCUUUCUGGUUUUGUGAAAACAAAUAAAAUUGGUAUUAGUACUACAGAUAAAUUAUACAAGUAAUCCAAAGCAGUGAUACUUGGCUGUGCAGAAAAAGUAUUUAUGAAGAAGCUAUAAGCGAAAUAAUUUUUAGGUGUCUAUUAAAAAAAAAAAGAAGUUUUUGUUAACAUAUUUUUAUAUACCUACAUUUUUUGAAACAUUUUGAAAUUCUUGUAUACCAGUUGUAAGUUAUGACUAUUUAAACUAUCCGAGGAUCUUCAAUUAAUUUCACCGCGAAUACAUCUCAAAAUUUUGAGUCCCAAUGUGACUCGAAACUAGUUGAGCGUCCUCGAAUAGCUUACUUGAAGAAGCUGUACAUGAUUUACAAGAACACUUAUGAAAUAUCCACAAUCUUCAUUAAACCAAAAAUGGAAUGGAGGAAUCAAUGAUGUACUUAGUUCUAAGUUAGUAUGUAAGCCAAAUUAGAGCAUAAACUCUUGUCAGCUUUAAAAAGUUUGAUCAUGUGUGUGUGUGAUGUGAUAUUUUUAGUUUUUAAGUUAACUUUGCUAUGCAUUGUCAAAACUUUUUGAAACAAAACCGAUCUGAUAUAAUCAAAUGUGUGUUUUACACAAAUAUUUUCUUUAUUUAAAUUAAUGUAAGGACAUUAAACUACCUGAAUUUGCUAAUAGACGUGACACGAAUUAUACUAACGGUUCCUUCGUUAACUAAUUAACUUCAAUAAUCAAUUACUAGGUAAUCUACGUCUGUGUAUAUCUUUAUAUAUUUUCACAUAAAAUAUCUGUCUGUCGUAAAUAAAACAAGCCAUUUUUAUGAAGUGUUUCUAUGAUCAGAAUCAAGACUAGUUUACUAAUGAUCUAAGUAGUUAGAUCAAUUCGAAUGCACAAAUCCUUUCUUCAAUAGGUUUGCAACUUUAUUACAAACCAAUAAAGUUUGAUUUUUAUUCAAUAAACAGCAGUUUGGGGUAGUUUGAUGUGCUGGUGUUUAGGUACUAUAGUUUAUAAUAUUCAAUGAAAUUGAAAUAAAAGCCAAUACAAGGUUUAACCGUUUAUCUACAAGUGCAUAGUAUAUUUUUGUGGUGUAUGAAUAAAGUAGUUAAUAAGGUACACUUAAUUAUAAGUAUUUCUUGUGUCUUAGCCCCUGUUUGAUUAAUCAGUUGGUGCCAAGCGGUUUCCGGGUUAAGACGCUCUGUCCACAUAGUAGGGAUUAGGUGUUCCGCUAGCGUAUCAUGACUCGUGGCGGAAUCGCAGUGUGUCGGCGACGAUUCUUAACUGAUAACUAAUGAAAUGAGAACUGAUAAGUUCUCAUUUCAUUACCCACCCAGACCCGAAACAAGAAUUUGUGGAUCACACAAAGUGUUGUUCCGUGCGGGAAUCGAACCCGCGACUGGAGAAAUGUUUCAAAAUUCUAUCUCUAGUUAGAUCUACCAAAAGAAAACUUGCCGUCGUUACUCCCACCGAUAUCAAUCUUAUUUUGUAAUGUUUUACAAAGAGAGUAAUUUAAGAGUUUCUGUAUUGCUUUACUAAUAAAGAUCUUUUGCUAAUACUUACCUGGUUUUAUUAGCUUGAUAUACGCCCGAAUACUGAAAGGCUACUCAAUUUUAAAUUGUACUUAAAUAUC